ACAAGGCUGUUUAUCAUGAGAUACAAGGUUGUUUAUCCUGAGGUACAAGUUUCUUUUUUCGGAGAUACAAGAUUCUUUAUUUGGAGAUACAAGGAUCUUUAUUCAGAGAUACAAGGUUCUUUAUUCGGAGAUCCAAGGAUCUUUAUUCGGAGAUCCAAGGUUCUUUAUGCUGAGAUACAAGGUUCUUUAUUCAGAGAUACAAGGUUCUUUAUUCAGAGAUACAAGGUUCUUUAUUCAGAGAUACAAGGUUCUUUAUUCAGAGAUACAAGGUUCUUUAUUCAGAGAUACAAGGAUCUUUAUUCGGAGAUACAAGGUUCUUAA